AUGGGGGAACUUGGGAUGCCAUGGAGCUUCCCGGGCGGUCGUGGCAAGGCGAAACCGACCGCUGCUGACGAGACCGAUGGCGCUGCUGUCCGUAGACUAGGCCAGGCUUUCUCUCCAUGCUGCCAGGCACAUGGUCUUUUACGCGGACAGGACCACAAGUGCCAAUCGCCAGGCCUGCGGUGGCCCCAAACAAGCCUACAGCGGCUAACGACAGCUCUUGGAGCGAAACUCCACUCUUUGUCUCUCAGCACAGAUUCUCUGUGUUUAUGGAAUGACAGACACCUCGGAUUGUUGAAACGCGUUCUCUGCAGUUUUGGUUCGAAUUCGAACUUCGAUUCCUGGUUCUCUCGUCCUCAGAAAGGGCCUCCAUAUCUUUCCAAAGUGGCCUGUCCCAGCUGUCGUACCUCGAUGGCCGAAAAGAACCGCAACCUCGAUGGAAUGCGUCCUGUCCCAGGCAGUCGCAAGACGGCGGGCUCUGGGACGGAGAGCACGGGAAGAAAGCGAGAUUCUCGCGCCGGGACUCGAAAGGUAACCUCGCUGACGGCAGAACAGCUGGAAAGAAAGCGAGCAAACGAUCGCGAGGCGCAAAGAACUAUCCGUCAACGGACAAAGGAACACAUCGAGAAUCUGGAGCAUCAAGUGGCCGAACUGAGCGCCAAAGGCGAGCAAAUGGACAGAGUGCUCCAGAGGAACGCUGCUCUAGAAGCUGAGAUCGCACAUCUGCGGCAACAAUUGUCUAUGCUGAGCGGCAGAAGAUCGAUGUAUCGCGUGGACGCUGGCGAAGAUGAACGCAGAUCAUCAACGAGUUCGAACGAUCCCAGCAUCAUGUCCUCCCCUUUCAACAGCCCUCUUCCUACGGAUUCGAUUCCAUCGGGGGCAUCCAUUGCACCCAUGUCCAACAGACUGUCGCUGCCCCAUAGUGGUUGGCACUCCUACGUCCCAACUCCUUCAUCGUCCGCCUGUGAUUCCGAUCCUUCCAACGACGUGGGAGCGUAUCCUCUCGGAGAGCCCAUCUCUACAGCGACCAUCCAACAAUCAGUGAAUCAUGUCGGGCAAGGACACGAUGGGCUGGGUUUCGCCGUUCCGAAUACGACUCAAUUCCCAAGCUCGGAUCCAUACCACCACCAGAUGUACCUUGCAGGCUCGCAGGUGAAGCAGGGAGGGUUCCCCCCUCAUGCCCAUUCUCAAGCACAGCCGUCAAUGGUGGGACAACCACGGUCCAUGGCAGUGUCAGUGUCGACGAUGGGAUAUGAAGCCGGCAUUUCGACUGCAGCAGGACAGGUACAGCAACAAGAAGGUCAGGAAUUCCAGGGUCCGCUUCAUCCUACGAUGGUCCAUUCGCACCCUGCCAACGCUCAUCUCAACUAUAAUUGGGACUCGCGAACUUGA